AUGGCGGCUGUGGCACAGGCAGAACCAGAACAGGUCUUGGAAGUGGCAGAGGCCCCUGGGAGCUCGCACGCCCCAACAAAAGGAACCCUGGCACAUGAGAUCCUCUAUGGCAACAGCAAGGAUGUGAAACUCCGGGCACAGGACUGGGCGUACCUAUGCAGCCAGGACCUGACUGCUGCACUGCUCGAGAUCUUGGAUUUGAUCUUCCGGCUGGCGGGUCUACCCCAAGCUGUGGUGGCCGACCAUCUGGAGGAAGAUCCUGCCAAGAUGGUGAUCCAGCUGCCACAGUGGGUGAAGUCGAACAACCUCGAUCCUUCCAUCUACCCCUUGCUCCCCAGCAUCUCUCAGAGCAAGCGGUCGGUGUCGAACUUGGAGAAGUUCAUCUCCCAGGGCAUCGGCGAGCAGAAUGGAGCUGCACUUCUCGAGAGCCAGCUUGUGGCGUCCCUGACCCGGUGGCUUUUGAUCCUGCCCAAUGCGCAGAUCCGGUCUGUGCGGCAUGUGGCGACGGUGGCAGCGCUUGCAGUUGCUGAGGCGCUGGGCUACCAGGUCGAAGCGCUCC